AUGGACUCUUCCCCAUCCUCAAACACCAGGGCGAUGGAGCCCGCGCUGCCGAUCGUGGCGGGUGUCAAGCGUCCUGCCCCCUCACUUCUCCCAGCUUUCGAACCUCUGUCCUCGUCACCGGGUCUUCCUCGGCCGUCCAAGAGACAUGCAGGCUCGCAAGCCUUCCUCAAGUAUCCGACUCCGGUUCCUUCGAGCACCAUCUUCUCGUCCAGCCCGCCGCGCCCUAAAUCGCGGCCUGCUCCCCAACGAAGACAAUCGACUCUCUCAGAACGGGCCCCCCUUUCCAGCGUCCCGUCCGUCGAGCUUAAGGAGAACGGCGAGCAGGUCCUGAUGGGCCGUUCCAGCAGCUCGUCCCAUUACCAACUUUCGGCCAACCGUUUGAUCAGCAGAGUCCACGUCAAGGCCCGAUAUGUCGCGGCGACUAACCCACUGGAGCCCAACAAGAUUGAGAUCAUUUGCAAUGGUUGGAACGGGUUGAAGUUGCACUGCCAGGGGCAGACAUGGGAAUUGGCCAAGGGCGAUUCGUUCACGUCGGAGACGGAGGGUGCUGAGCUCAUGGUUGAUGUUCAGGACGCUAGGGUGUGUGUGCGAUGGCCGCGCCUGCAGAAGGAUCAAGAUGUGUCGGGCCAUCUGAGCGACUCCACAUGGGACGAGUCUCCGCGUAGGGCCGUAAGGGCGGACUCCGAGCUGCACGGUAGUCCGCUGAGGCGGAUUGCGCGUCUCGGCAGCCCAGAAUCUCCCACGCCCGCCAAUCUUUCAACCUCGAACGCCAGCCUUGACAGUUUGAUGCCGCGGGGUGAUGAAGAGGACGAUGUGCCGGUACAGAUCUAUGAGGACGCGAGCGCGGAUGAGAAGUCGCCACAGCCGCACAAGUCGAUGGCGGCUGCCAGCUUUAUGACCCAGGUGGCCGAGAGCUUUUCCAGUGACCUGAGCGACCCGCAGUCCGAAGACGAGAACGACCCGGAUGGGGAGAACGAUCCCGUCAUGCACUCGUUCGGCCCAUUCGGUCCGAGCAUCCCCGGUCGGCUCCCAUCGUUCGCUGCAGCCACCCCUCGGAAGGCUUCCACUGCUCGCACCGCUCUAGCCGGCGUCCUCGAAUCGUCCCCGCUUCCCGCCCCGUCCCCUCUGGGUCUGGCGGACGGCAAUUCCGUGGCCGGUGCUCAGCCAGAGCCGCCCACUGCUUCGUUGACCGGCCUCAGCGCCGAGGUGAUCUCUGCCAUCACCAACCAUCUGGUCAACCAGCUCGCCUUCUCGCGUUUGUCGUCGACGCCACUGACUAGCAUCCUGAACAACCUGCCGACCGAGGAGCGUAAGGCGGUUAACAAGGACCAGCUGCGCCUCAUUAUCGAGUCAACUCCUUGUGUGGGUAUCAUUCGGCGUCAGGGCAAGGACGCGGCGGGCAAGCCGCUUGAGAGUGAAUAUUACUACACUCCCGAGUUGGACACGGAUGAGAACCGACGUCUGGCGGUGACUGAUGGACUCCGUAAGCCGAGCUUGAGGAACUGCCGGAAGCAGCACAAGCAAUAUUAUUGGAAGCGCCCCAAGACUCCCUGA